AUGGAAAAAGAGAUUCUAGUUGAGUUCUUCCAAAAGAAGUUAUCACUCAUUCGUUGGAUCGAGUCGAUUUUGAAAGUCCCAAUAGAUUCAGACUUAUGUGUGUCUUUAGCUGGUGGGACUAUUUUGUGUUAUCUAGCAAAGACAAUUGAUGAUGACCUCAUUCCAACUAUUCAUGAUUCUAAAAAUCCAUACAAACAAAGAGAGAAUUUUAGUAUGUUCAUUGUCUCUUGUAGAGAGCUCAGAGUCCCUUUACUUAAACUCGUCUCCUUCGAAGACUUCGCUAAACACAACAUUGUGCAAAUUGUAGAAUGUCUCACUUCCUUUGCUGAGCAAUGUUAUAAACAGUAUGUGGUUGCUCCACUACCUUCGGUCACUAUCGCAGACGCGCGCGCAGCUCUUGAAAAGGAGAAAAAUGGAGACCAAUUACUCAAACAAUUAAAAACGCCAAAACAGAUUUUGGUUGGCAAAGUUAGAGUAUCCGCAGAGGUCUUCAGGCGUACGCUGAAACUUCUGAUGUCGACGAACAAGAGUUUCAACAUGGACCAGUUUGAGGAAACCGUUGCGAAGGCGCAGGCCUAUUUCCGGCGAUUUUCCGCGAAAAAUACGAUGAACUCUCUUCGGAAGAAAGCCGCCUUUAGGCUCAAAGUGAUCAAUGAGAUGGUGACGACGGAGACUGACUAUGUUGGAUAUUUAUAUGAGUGUAUUAAAAAGUUUAAGCCUCUAAUUAAUAAGUUUGUCCAAGAAGGUGUCAUUGCCGCGGAUUCCGAACACGUCAUCUUUAAUAACAUUGAGGAGAUAGCCGACUUCAAUCAAGGGUUUCUCGAUAAAUUAAAGACGUCAGCGCAAGAUAUCAAAGCAAAUGGGUCGUUUCUCUCUGUGUAUAAGAUAUUAGAAGGUGCGUUGGAGGUGUAUAAAACAUAUAUGAUAAGUUAUUCAUUGUCUAUCCAGCGAGUCGAACAAAUCCUGUGCAUCGACUAUGUCAAACAAGGCUUGGACGAAGCAAAAGGAAAUGACAAAGACAUGUCUUCAUAUCUGAUUAUGCCUGUUCAACGACUUCCUCGGUACGUCUUAUUAUUGAAUGAAUUAAAAAAACAUACAUGGGAAGGACAUCCCGAUGGGAAAACUCUAGAUGAGAUGAUGGUGCUAGUCAAGCGUGUCACCACAGAAAUUAACGAGUCGAAAAACAAGGCGGAUGCGGAGAGGAAGACGCCCCAGUUAUUUGAGAAGUACAAGAGAGGAAAAUUCUUGACGACCCAAGACGGAGACAUUUUGUAUGAAAGAGACUUCACACUGAAAAAGACUCAAGUGCUUGGCGUUCUCACACCAAGCAACUUUGUGAUCGUUAACAAUGGCAUUGCGAAAAUGGUCUUCCCAUUACAACGAAUUAAAUUGUUGCUUUGCAAUCAACACAAAGACUGCUUUAAAAUUAAAGCGGGGAUUCGAACGAAAGUGAAACUCCAAGGGACAGUACUCUCGCCCGAUGGAGGACUCAUAAAAAUGAUUAACGAAAUGAAGAAGAAGUCGUUUGCGCAACAAUCGAUGUUAUUGGACCAGAAAAAAGAUAACACCGGGGAGACUCUUGACGAACUCACAUUUGAUCGAAAUAUCGACCCCGAAGAGGAAUUAAAGAAGAGGAGAAUAGCACAGGGAAGAAUGUCAAUUUGUGUGAGACGGCCCGUUGUCAUUUCGGACACUUCAGUCUCGUCGGACAACAUCAAAAAGGUUGAAAUCAGACAACCACCGGAAGGGAAAAGAUAUUCCCAAACGAUGUUGCCGUCACUGAAAGAGAAGGAUAUGCUCAUGUCGGAUCGAAUGUCUGUCUCCGUACGACCAAGAUCGAGAAAGACAAGUACGGGAAGUACAGGAAGCUUUUCAAAUCCAAAGCUUGUCACUUUGGCACUCGGGAGUCAAGAGAAAGUCACUGGAAGUAGUUCCGAUCUUGUUAUUAACAACCAAAAAAGCACAGGAAAUAAUGCGCUGACACGGGCAGUUCUGAGAGGAAAAAAUGUUGAAAUGGUCGACGGGAAAAGAAAGAAAAAUUCAUUGGGACUCGACGUCUAUUCGUUUAACGAGUUAACUGCGAAGCCAGAAGGCAUCGAACACGACCAAUUAGUUUUUCAUAUGUCUGAUGAAGAUUUUCUGAUGUUGUUUGAAGUCGGCUUUGAAGAAUUCAAAGGGUGGAAAGCGUGGAAACAGAAAGCAGAGGAACAGAAAGCUGGGUUGUGGUAA